UUUACAGCCCAGCAAGUCAUGGAACAGAUCUUCGAAAGUGAUGAAGAUGCUGCAGCAGAUUCUGGCCCGGAUGACUUUUUUACUGACGAGGAAGAAGAUUUCAUCGAUGGAAUGGAUCGAAUGGAGGAUGAAAUACACCUCAGGUCCUUGAAAUUUGGAGCCUGUGGGACCAUCCGUGAAGGAAGGAAGGAGGCUCCAAAAACCAAGGUCAAUGCCCUGACCAGGAAGUCCCCAAGAGGAUCCCUGAGGUGGAUUAGAGACGGCGACCUCCUCUUCACAAAAUGGAUGGACAACAGGGAAGUCUCAAUGUGCUCCACCAUUCAUCCUGCAUACUCAGGUGACACAGUACAGAGAAGGCAGAAGAGCAGGGAAGGACACUGGGAGACAAGUCACAUUCAAAUCCCAACCCCAAUCAUAGAGUACAAUAAGUACAUGGGAGGUGUUGACUUGUCUGACCAACUCAUCCAGUACUACUCAGUGCACCACAUAACCAAGAGGUGGUACAGGACCCUCUUCCUCCAUUUCCUGGACAUUGCUAUUACCAAUAGCUACAUCCUCCACCAGGAGCUGUGCCAGAGUGCACAGAGUCGGCCCCUGACACAUGAGGCGUUUGUUGAGCAACUUGCAGCUGAGUUGUGUGGGGUGACAUUGGCUGUUGCUGCCACACCAAAACUAACCGGACAUACCCCUUUGCCUACCAGAGAGACAACUGACCAAAGCUCGAGGGCCACAGCUGGACGCCUCAGGUGUGAGCUCUGCAAGCGAAAUGGUGUAAAGAAAGACACUCCCUGGAAAUGCGGUGAAUGUGAUGUGCCACUCUGUUUGCUUGCAGACAGGAACUGCUUCCAUCUGUGGCACAGCUAAAAAGACUAUUUGUGGGUGCUCAUUUAUUUUUGAGUAAGACCUGAUUCAUGGUAACUGAUUCAUGUAAAGAGUUAUUUUUUCUUUUUUUUUUCACAGAACAUUUAGGAACUGCUUCCAUCUGUGGCACAGCUACAAAAUACUUUUUCUGUUUACCUAUUUAUUUUUGGGUAAAACAAUUUAUCCCA